AUGCUUGGAGUAAAAAUAGACUAUUUAAAAUUAAACAGCAGUUCUUUUGAACAACAACAUUAUAAUCGUUCAAUAAUUCGUUCUGAUGAACAAAAUAAUGAACAUGAUCAAAGUAUUUUACCUAUUGGGCUUCCUCUUAAUCAUCAUUGUUUAAUGACAUUCGUAACUAUUACACAACGUCCAGCAAUACAUAUGGAACAAAUUUCUAGAAAUCGAGAGGAACAAGAUGAUAUGGAUGUUGUUCAUAUUCGCCCAUUAAACAAUACAUUUGCAUUCAAUUGA